AUGACCCAAGAAAAGACUGACAACAGAUGUAAAAUAAUCGCAGCAUUUGUUUCACUAUCAUCACACCUGAUUAUGCACCAGAUCGAUGUCACUUCGGCUCACUUCGCUGUCGCCUUCAAUAUUCCACUCAGCAACAUUAGUAUUUACUUCAGUAAACUUUUCAGCUUUCGUUGUCUCCUGAUUGCGGUCGGCUCGGCAUCAGAGUUUAUCGUAGCUUGUGUUUGUAGCCAUCUAGGAAGUUCUGAAUCAGGAAAUUCUGGUCAAGGCAAAGGAAGCAGUGACAAAGGAACCAACGGCAAGUGUAGGAAGUACAUUAGCAUGGGCUGUUUUGGCUUGGUUUUGGUUAUGAGGCUUUUGUUUUUAUGUAUCCUGCACUUUGCAUCGAGAUUAGGGUACUUUUUAUACAUAGUUUUGAGUAUAGAAGCUUUCUUUUUCGGCUAUUUUCACUGCUCAGUGCUGGCAAUUGCUCCAGAAUACUCAGUUCCUGUUGUUUUUGCAGCAAACGCCUCACGCAUCUUUGUUCUUUCACUUCAGUUCGUUCUCGAUCUUUGUAUAAAAUCAAACGCUUUAAUCAACAUCAAAAUACAAACGUGGGUGUAUGUCAUCCUCACUAGUAUUGCAGUGGCACUAUGGAUUUAUUGUUAUGCUAGUGAAGAUUUAACCGGCUCUAAUCAUGAUUCAAGCGCCUCUACUACAAGUCAAACAGGCGACCAGACAUCUGAUAAAAAGGAUUUCUUUGGAACCUUAACUAAAGCAUAUUCACCAUUUUCCAUGUUCUUCGCUGGCUCUAUGUUUAAGGACUUCCUGUUCCCAGGAGUGUUGCCGUACGCUGUUCUCCACAGGGACAAGUGCCACAUCAUCAACAUGUUGGUGCCAAUAGCCAAUAUGAUUGGACCUAUAUCCCUUUAUACACUGGAAUCAAUUAAAAGUUUUAAGAAGUGGGAAACACAGUUUGAUUGCUUUUGGGUGCUUGUGAUUCCAAUGUUAGGAAUAUUUAUCUGUUCAAUGAUGGCAAUACACAAGAAAAACUCAAGAGCAAAUCUAAUCAUAAAUUCUAAAAAAUUGGUUUUAAUAAUCACAAUUAUGCUAAUAUUGUGUAACAGCUAUUUGGAUCCACUAAGCUUUGGAGGUGUAGCAAAAACAGUUAAACCACAGUCUGAAAGUGAAGGUGCCGAAAAAAAGAGCAACAAUAAAAAAAGGGGUGAUGAUAGUGUUAUAACGUUUCAUCUCAUUUUGGCGCUGUUUAUGCGUUUCAUCUUCUCGAAGCUGUCGGUAGGCUAUAACGACACGAGGGUCAGCCUCGGUUAUCACCUCCCGAAAUUCCGACCUAACCACAAAAUGCCUAAAUCUAACAUUGGGUGGUAUUUCAUUAGGGAAACGUUUAGAAGGGCAUGGCGCGAUACGGGUAGCGACUUCAAGAUGAACAUUAAAGAAUACCUAUAA